AUGAGCUCCUCUGCCAACUGGAACUUUAACUGUGCCCUGAUAACUGGAGGUGCUGGCGGAAUAGGCUUAUAUCUCGCAAAGUUCCUUCUUCAACAAGGAAAGAAAGUCGUUGUCGCUGGCCGAACUGAAAGCAAAUUGCAACAAUGUGUUUCAGAAAACCCUAGACUGUCUGGGUAUUUGGUUGUCGAUGUUGGCAAAGUCGAGACGCUACCAGCAUUUGUACAAUCUGCCAUAUCCAAAUUCCCUGAAAUCGACUGUGUGAUCUCAAAUGCUGGGAUUCAAAAGAUCAUUAGUGUGCUAAGGGACUCACCCGCUGAUGUACUCGCUGCUGGUGAUGCAGAGAUUGAUACCAAUGUCAAAGGGACCAUCCACUUGUUGACUCUCUUCUUGCCACACUUGCUGACCAAGGAGAAUUCUGCCAUCUUUACCGUGUCGAGCGGCCUCGCUUGGGUUCCUGUGGCAUUCGUUCCUGUUUAUUGUGCUACAAAGGCAUUCAUUCACUCGUGGACUCAAAGUAUGCGAGUCCAACUCAAAAACAAGAUUCGAGUGAUUGAAAUUGCACCACCGCUGGUUGAAACUGACUUACAUCGAGAUCAUCCCGAUCAAUUACAAGACAAUUACAAGAAGUCCACGAAUCCACAUGCUCAGUCUGCUGAGGAAUUCAUUGAAGAAUUCGCUAGAGACAUGAAUAAGGGACUCGAUAUCUGUGCACCUGGGAUGGCACGGUCUCUUGCUGAUCGAGAAAAGGCCACGUUUCAACAAGAUUUUGAAUGGAUGAAUUCAAGAGCUCCUUGA